CAAAAGAACCUUGCCAUGGGCAGCAUCACUGGGAAAAUGCAGGGCCUACUCCUUUGGUUGAUCUUUUUCUUGCCUCCUGAAGCUGGAGCUGUGCUCUGUCUGAAGUGCUCUGUGUUUGAGGACCUGGGAUUUUCUGUUUCAGGGGAGAUUAUCAGUGGCAUUGAGUCCAAGCCACACUCCCGUCCCUACAUGGCCUAUCUGAAUGUCACCAUCCACCAGAGAUAUGGUAACUGUGGUGGAUUUCUCAUAAGUGAAGAAUUUGUGGUGACAGCUGCUCAUUGUAGUAAAGGAAGAAUAAUUACUGUCAUUCUCGGAGCUCAUGACAUAAAACAAGAAGAAUCCACAUGGCAGAAGCUAGAAGUCAAAGAACAAUUUGUUCAUCCAAAAUACGACUAUUCAACUGAAGUCAAUGACAUCAUGUUACUGAAGCUACAAACGAAGGCCAAACUGAACCAUGCCGUGGGGACAGUCCCCCUGCCCACCAAGUCUACCUUCAUUCAACCUGGAAAAGUAUGCCGAGCAACUGGCUGGGGGCAAACAGGAGUGGAAAAUCCAGGGUCAGAUACUCUGAGAGAGGUGAAGUUGAGACUCAUGAAGGCCGAGGCCUGCAACCACUUUAUGUUUUACAAUCAUAACCUGCAAAUCUGUGUGGGCAACCCCAAGGAGACAAGAUCAGUAUUUAAGGGUGACUCUGGGGGCCCCCUUCUGUGUGCUGGGGUGGCCCAGGGUAUUGUGUCAUAUGGACGUCCAGAUGCAAAGCCUCCUGCUGUCUUCACUCGAAUCUCCCCAUAUGUGUCCUGGAUUAAUAAAAUCUUAAAGUCCAAGUAGCCACAGAAACCUGGCCAGCCGCAGGAAAAAUCCCAAAGCCAGAGUUCUCCCUGGGUAGCCCCCAGGUUCCACAGGAGCCUGGACAUAGCGAAAGACCAGGGAGGUUCCGAGAGGUACCCAAAACCCCUGCUGAUUGUAUCCCCAGCAAAAUUCAAUAAAGAUGCAGCCUCCGGCA